AGCCGUUUCGAAGUGUCGUCAGAAAACAAUUUUGGCUCUGUGCAAUCGGAGAGCAAGUGUGCAUGUGUUCAUGUUGUUAUAUGCAUAAAUAUUCAGCAAAUAACAAUCACAUUUGCCGAAGCUUGAGAAGCUCAGACUAAAAACAAAAUUAGACGCAUAUCUAUUAAAUUAUGAUACGAUUUUUGUAGGCAUAUGAUAGACACGAUGGACGUAAUUUCUACUUUGAUGAGCAAAGCCACGACGAAAAUUGUAUUGUUUUGCUUCCUUAUCUCGUUCGUGUCUAUACUAUUUGCGCUAUGCGUAUCUUUACCAUUAAAACAGAGAAGCUCGGCAUGUAUGGCCAUUAAAACCUGCGAUCCAUUUCAGCCCAUGUGUGCAACCUCCAAAAAUGACCAUCAGUUUUUCUACAGCCAGUGCGAAAUGGUUCGCGACAUCUGUCUAACCGGGAAGGAUUGGAAAUCGGACUUCUUAAGCCAUUGCAACGUCAGGAAGCUUUAGCAAGAUAAAUAUAAAUGUAUAUACGUACA